GCAAAUUUUUGGAGUAAAUCAGCUGUUAUUAUUGUUUGGACGCUCGUCCGCUGUUGUUCUCCCCCAGUCUACCGCCCGCCCCCACUUCCAGCUCAUCUAAUACAGCCUCCAAGUUGGCUACGUGGAUAAGAUUAAACCUGCAACUGCAUCCGCACCUGCGACAUGGUGCUCGGCUGCCUGCCCUGCUGCGGUCGCAAUGGCUAUCAGCAGAUUGGGAACACGGGUCCUCGGUUUGGUGUACGUCACCUGCAGUGCAUCCUGGUGUUCUUUGGGCUGGCGGUGGCCUACUCCCUGCGCGUGAAUCUCUCCGUGGCCAUUGUGGCCAUGACGGAUAGGAAUAGCAGUAAUCAUGAUUUUCCGGAAUACGACUGGAAUGAGAGCACCAAGUCCUACCUGCUGAGCAGCUUCUUCUGGGGCUAUGUGGUCACCCAGGUGCCCGGAGGCCAUCUCUCUGCCAUUUAUGGAGCCAAGUACAUGCUCUUCUUUGGCGUUCUCAUCUGUUCCUGCUUGGCACUGCUCACACCCUUCUGUGCCGACUAUGGAGGCUGGAAGCUGGUGGUGGUGCUUCGAGCUGUCCAAGGCCUCUGCCAAGGAGUCAUCUUUCCCUCCACACACACGUUCCUCUCGAAAUGGGCGCCAGCGGAGGAGCGCGGCCGUCUGGUGGGCUAUUGCUACUCGGGAUCUCAGUUUGGCACCGUGGUUAUGCUUUCGGUUAGUGGCUACAUAUGUUCCUCUUCGCUUGGCUGGCCCAGCACCUUCUAUGCUCCCGGCUGCGCUGGCAUCUUGUGGGCCUUUGUGUGGUACUUCUAUUGCUCCAGCACGCCAGCACAACAUCCUUCAAUCUCACCCAGCGAAAGGCGCUACAUAGAAUCCUCGGGACAGGCGAGAAGGUCGUCAGAUGCUGGACGCGAAGAGCAGCCGAGAAUGCAGACUCCCUGGUUGAGGAUACUUACCUCGGGACCAUUUUUGGUGCUUGUCCUCGCUCACUGUGCCAACAACUGGGGCUUCUGGACGCUGCUCACGGAGAUUCCUACCUUUAUGAAGAAUGUCCUGGGUUUGGAUAUCAAGAGCAAUGGCCCACUGUCUGCCCUGCCCUACUUUGCCAUGAUCCUGCUGACCUGUGUCUUUAUUUGGCUGUCGGAUGUUUUGAAGCAAAGAGCUACGGCGAUACCUUUGAGUUUCUCCAGAAAGUUUUUCAAUACCUUGGGCAUGUGGCUGCCCAUGUUGGCAUUGGUGGGACUGGGUUACAUUACCCAGGGUGAGGCCAAUGUACGACUGGCCAUAGGACUGCUGACGGCAGCGGUGGCCACCAAUUCGGCCACGUAUCUGGGCUUCCAUGUAAAUCACAUCGAUUUGUCGCCGAAUUUUGCGGGCACUUUGAUGGGGAUUACGAAUUGUGCGGCGAACUUUAUGAGCAUCUUGGCGCCUCUGAUUGUGGGACUGAUUGUGUGGGAUGAGACAAAUCCCGCUCAAUGGCGCAUAGUGUUCUUCUUCACCGCCUUUGUUUACUUUAUUGGCAACCUUUUGUUUAUGCUUUUCGGAAGAACUGGUGUCCAAUCUUGGAACUCACCUGUUGCCACCAGAACACCCUCACCUGCAGCAGGUGGUAGUGGUGUUGAGCCUGAAGAAGCUGACCAGGAUCGUGCCCCGCUCAUAGAUGCCUAAACCAAAGGAUUGGUUGUAAUUGUGAAACUUUUGUACCUUGUGGGAGACGAUGCAUUCCAUGGAAUUGAUCGUAUUAAUAGAGCUAUACACAUGACACACACAAACACAUACGUAUUUAUGUCUAGUUAUAUACGGAAUAUAUACAAAUAUAUAAAUA